AUGUUUUGUCAAUAUAUUCACUUUCAUGAGCGUAAGAAAUGUGAUUUAAGUAUAAACAAGGAGCACGAUACUCAAAAAUGCAAUGAACUGAUGAUUUGGUAUACAAAUGCAACGUCUCUGAAUAAUAAGAUUGAUGAGUUAAGGUUACAAUGUGAAAUAUAUAAACCGGAUGUUAUUUGUGUUACAGAAACUUGGUUUAAAGCAGAAUCAGAUUUAAACAGUAAUUUUAUAGAACAAAUAUGGACUUGUAUAUGUUUUAAAAAUAACAAAAUGCUAAUUGGAUGCAUUUAUAGACCACCAGAUAUAUCUCAUGAGUAUAAUAACUAUGUUUUGCUAUCUAUUAAUGCUGCUAAAAUGAGUAUUUAUCAAAAAGAAUACAGGGAUCUUAUUAUUACAGGUGACUUCAACUAUAAUACAAUAGAUUGGUCUGAUAAUAAUUGUCCUUUUUCAGCAACUGAUAAUGAAUCUCAAACUAAUAAAUUUAUUGAAUGUCUUGAAGAUUGUUUUCUGUUUCAAUGUGUAUGUGAGCCAACAUUCCAAAUAGCAAACUGCAAAUCAACUAAUAUUCUAGACCUUAUUAUCACAAACGAUAAAAACAAAAUUGUUUCUAUAACUCACUCAGCUCCUUUAGGGAAUGUCAAACAGGGUCAUCAUUUGUUAAAGUGUUGUUAUCUAAUGAAUGAUUAUAAGUUUUCAACCGAACAUAAGAAAUCCAUUAGAUUAUAUCAAAAAGGAAAUUAUGAACUAUUUUCUUGUCAUUUCAAUAAUGUAGAUUGGGAAAAUGGAUUUAAAAGUAAACCUAUAAAUGAAAUGUAUGAUUUAUUUUUGUAUCAUUACAAUUAUGCAACUAAUCUGUUUAUCCCAAGAAUUAAUUAUCAAAAUAGAAGGAACAGAAACAAAUGGAUUACUCCUGAAUUGAAACAUAAAAUAAGAACUAAAAACACUAUAUAUGGCUUGCUAAUAAACAACAAUAUAAAACAAUUUGAAAGUACUUUAGAUAGCAAGUUAAAAUCAAAUCCUAAAUUGCUUUAUAAAUAUAUCAAUGAGAAGAAAUCAGUGAAAACUCAUAUUCGAGCUCUGGAAAUUGAUAAUGGGGAAAUCAUAAAUGAUCAAUUCGCCAUAGCUACUGAACUAAAUAAAUAUUUUCAUUCUGUGUAUGUUAAUGAUAAUUGUACAAAUAUUAUUGAGUUUCAUAAUAUACCUUCAAAUUUAUUAUUAAACACAGUUUUAAUAACACAAAAUGAUGUUCAAACUAGACUUCAAGCACUUGAUAAAUCAAAAUCAGUCGGUUUUGAUUUUGUUCAUCAAUAUGUUUUAAAAGAAUGCAGCUCGUCAAUAAUGGGUGGUUACUAA